UCAGCCACUCCCUUCUUUAAUAUUAAUUUUUUGUUUUUUGAAGACAACAAGACACCCUCUCUCACCCUCUUUCAGUCUUCUCUUCCAUUCAAAACCGCUAAGAAUGCCUAUUGGAAAGAUAAGCUCUACCGCCGGAAAGGGAGCCGAUUACUCCGCAGGAGCUCAAGGCAUCCAACACGCCACAGGGCAAAGCGGUGGCAAGGCCGAGGCUGGCUAUCAGAAAUCAUCUGCCACUCACUCAUAUGGGGCAGGAGCAGUAAACGAAGAGGCAAAGCUACAGACUCCUAAAGUAAAGGAGAACUUGGGAUACGCCAAGAGCGAGCUUGCCGGGCAGAGCAAUUAUGGCGCCGGUGCUGUUGGCGUAGAACUGGCGACUAACGCUCCGAAGAUAAAGCACGAGGGGCUUGGACAAGUAGACAAGAAGCAAGAAAUGGUUCAUGAUAAGAAGGGCAGUGUGGACAUGGGAGAUGAUGACCAAUAAUGACAGCAACAAAAUGGAACAUUCUCUCCUUACACUCUCUCACACACACAAUAGCUGUACAAUGCUCCUUUUGUUUUUUUCCUGUAUUUGAGUUUCGUUGUAGCUUGUACUGUUUUAGGCAGAUUUUAUAUAAUAAUAGUUUUUCUCUUUAACUAAAUAAUAUUAAGUAUAAACAUUAAA